UUGCCAUGCUCCAUUGAGAAUAAUAUCGGUCCUUUCUGGACUAGGGCAUGAACGUGCAGAGUUGUCAGUCGUUUCCAGCAGAGGAGACAGACCUGAAUGGCAGCUGGGGUACAGACAUGCACCGCAUGGAUGAGGUGAUGCACUUCAGACAACCUGCUCUGCAUGGGGACGGAGAGUGAGAGCAUGCUGCAUCUCGCGGCACAGGCUUUCCAAUCGAAAAACUUCGACCUGGCGGCGGAUAUCUACGAGUGCCAGCUGGCGUGUCUUGGAGAACCAGAGAGCCGACAGGAGGUGAUGGUAAAGCGGGCUGACGCGCUAGCGUUCGGGGGUAAAUUCACGGAAGCUUUCGAUGUGUACCGGCAAGCCUCGGAGAUAGAGAGGCUGAGACCGUCUCACCUGGACAACCUCAUAGAGUACCUGUCUGGUACUAUCCGGAGGCAAGACUGGGGUGAGAGGCAGCGGGGCAGCCCGUGCAGGGGAGAGGAGGCAGGUGCGGCGGCUUUAUGCCCGGGAGUGGGUGCCACAGGUUGCGGGUAUGAAGACUUGUCCUGCCGGAUAUGCCUGAGCUUUUUGUUCGAGCCUGUGACUCUGACGUGCGGACACUGCUUUUGUAAAAAGUGUCUGGAGAGGGAGAGGAAAGAGAAGGAGCGACCGGUUGUGUGCAAGGAGUGCAAGGACAUCUCCAGAGUGAACGACGUCCAAACUUACAGGGUCAAUGUGGUCCUCAGCAACCUGCUGGCCAAGUGGUUCCCCACCCUGUACCAGGCCGGCCAGCUGAGGCGGGAGGGCAACGCGUUGUACGCCGAGAAGAAGGUGGAAGCUGCGUUGGAGAAAUAUAACCAAGCAAUACUCAUGGCACCCACAGACCACAUACUGUUUAGUAACCGCUCUCAGAUCCACUCGAGUCUGAAACAACAUGAAAAGGCUCUGAGGGACGCUGAGAUGGCCUGCAGACUGAUGCCUCACUGGUCCAAGGGUCACGUUCGUAAGGCCCAGGCGCUGGUGUCAUUGGGCAGGACUGAGGAGGCUCUAAGAGAGUACCUAGUGUGUCUGUCCAUAGAGCCUGACUGCAGACUCGCUAAGACUGAGGCUCACAAGCUCUUGAGUGAUCUCCUGGCUCCAGUCAAAGAUCAGGUCCCUGAACACAUCUCUGACUACUCCAAUAUACUGUCUUCCAGAACAUACAUCAAAAACAGUAUCAAAGCUUCCUUCCAGAACCUCACUCCCAGAUCGCUGUCUUCAGAGUCCUGUCUUGCCAAAGCUCUCCCUGCACCUGAGCGGUCACCAAAGGGGAGUCAAAGCAAAAGCCAGGGAAGGACAGAGGUCCAGGGGCUCGACCAGUUCUUCCUCACCAAACGUAAACGGAGGAGUUCAGAGGAGGAGGUGAAGGAGGAGCUUCAAGAGAAGAAUGACAAUCACAAGAGAUCCAAAUCUGAGCCAACAGAGGGGCCUGAUUCUUCGAGUUCUGUGGCCGAUGACCUCUUUGACCCUGCAGAUCUGGAUUGUCCUCUAUGUAUGAGACUGUUCUAUGAGCCUGUGACGACACCGUGCGGUCACACUUUCUGUCUUCAGUGUCUGGAGCGAUGCCUGGACCACAAUCCUAAAUGUCCCCUGUGUAAAGAGGAUAUGUCUGAGUACCUGGUCCAGAGGAAAUACUGUAAGACAGUAAUAAUGGAGAACCUGAUAUCGAAGUAUCUUCCCUCUGAGCUCAUGGAAAGACAGAAAAUCCACCUGGAGGAGAUGGCUGAGCUCUCAAAUCUUAACAAGAAUGUGCCUAUAUUUGUGUGCACCAUGGCCUUCCCCACUGUGCCGUGUCCUCUCCAUAUCUUCGAGCCCUGCUACCGACUGAUGAUUCGCCGAUGCAUGGAGACGGGCACCAACUGCUUCGGCAUGUGUCUGGGAGAUGACCUCAAAGGUUUUGCUGACUACGGGUGCCUGUUGGAGAUCCGUGAUGUGAAGUUCUUCUCCGACGGCCGUUCGGUUGUGGAUACAAUCGGCAAGCGGAGGUUUAAAGUUGUUCAGCACAGCGAGAGGGAUGGAUACAACACAGCUGAUAUAGAGUACCUGGAAGAUGCUAAGGUGGAGGGCGUAGCAGAGCGUGAGCUCCAGUCUCUGCAUGACGCAGUGUACGAGCAGGCCGUGUACUGGGUCAACUCUCUGAAGGCUGAGCAGAAGGCGCGCAUUGAAGGACACUUUGGACCUAUGCCUGAGAAAGACUCUGAACUUCAGGCCAGUCCUAACGGCCCCUCGUGGUGUUGGUGGUUGCUAGCCGUUCUUCCUUUAGAGGGCCGGGCCCAGCUACCUUUCCUCGCCCUCACGUCUCUGAGAGACCGUCUUAGCGGCAUCCGCAAGGUGCUGCUCUUUAUGUUGCAUAACAGGAGCCGGUGACAUGCAAAAUGCAUUAACCGACUUGCCUGCACACACCCUCCCCGAAGCAGCAGUUGACCUGUUGUUCUUCCUUUCUGAUGCACAAAGGACUGAUGCUGAUGCUGUCACACCUUUCCUGUCGUAGCGCUGACAUCAUCUAAACAUCAACAGCAAACUUUAAGUCAAAAAAAGCAAACAACUAAGACGAUGUAGAGCUGAAUGAAUAAAUAGACAUCCUCCAUCAUCACAUUUGCAGCAAAACAUCCUGGCAGACCCACAGACUUCAGCUAUGUUCAGACAGAAGGGGAAUCUGGCAUUUUACAGUUGUCUGUUCAAACUCAUCAGAAUCAUCACACUGUUACAGCUCUGUAUUUCAUUGAUAAUGUGCACAUGCUGAGUUUACUUUCUGUACAGCAAAAAGCUGCUGUGCUGCGAUGUCCUCGUCUGCCCAGGUUGCACUCUCACCUUUCUGGCUUGCAGUUCUCUGCUCUUUGCUGUUUGAUCAGAGCGGUUAGACGUCUUUAAAAAGAUUUGAGUUUUGCCAAAAAAUAUGAGCAUCUUAAAUGUGCUUCCUGUUUGAAAGUAGCCCGCAAAGCAAAGGCAAAGGAAAUCCUCCCAAAUUAAUGAGCUGAAAAUGGCAAUAAUAAUUAUAAUAAUUUAACCAAUCAUGUCUGCAUUUUGUUGUCUUUAAUUGUACAUAUGAAUAUGACAAAAGACCAAACCAUAGUAUAAAUCUGAAAAAUUUACCCCUCCUGUGAUCGGAAUCCCAUUCACAGAUAAUUUACUUUAUUUCCUCCAUUUACUCAAUCGCCACCUUUAGUGUAUUUUUCAAUAAUUAGUUUCACCAGCUAUUCUGCCUUUCCUUCCCAUCCUUCCUUCCAUUAUCUUCUUUCUCAUUCAAAUGAAUAACAAGAGAAUGAGCUUUUGCAGUGGUGUGCUUUAAGGCUUUUGUUUUUUUGUUUCGUUCACAGUGUUUGUAUAUUUUGACAUUGAUUUCCAUUAUUUAUUCAUUGUUUUUUAUUUAUGCAUGCAGUGACAUUGUUUACAUUUCACAAAAAGAGAGAUGCCGAGCUGCUGACGUUCCAAAGUGUUUUUUUUUUUUUCUCCGUUCUUCUGACCCCAACUGUGCGCAGCUUUUAACAAUCAAAAUGUGGCACCAGCAUGAACCUGACACACCUGCACCAGGAGGAAUCUGUGUUGAAGGCAGGUUGCCCUCCAAACCAUCUGUUUUUAGAUGAUCACCGGUGACCCAAAUUGAUUUACUGUGUUGACGUUAACACGUUUGGAUCCUCAUGCUGUGAGAAGCCUCUCUGAUGCACAAGCUUCAUUCAGCAUCAUGGAGUCAUUACCACCAAUAUUUGGAUUUCUGAUGCCAUUAUCUGCUAAGUUUAAUUUAUUCAGUAUUUAUUCUGAUUUACUUUGCACUUGCACAUCAAGGGAAAUGAACAGGGCAGGCAGGCCUCAGUAUGCUGCAGUCAGAAUAGUAAAGUUCUUGAAUGACCACAAAAGAAAGCAAAGGUAUCUGGUGUUUGGAAUUACCAUUUUUUUUUUAAACAUGGUCCCUAAAGUGUGAUGCAACAAAAGAUCUCCAUUCAUUUGAGGGUGACUGAUGUUUUGUAAAGGCCAGUGCCUUCCAGCCACACACUAAGGUGGUGUGGAUCUAUUUGUAUACCAUUUAAACCCCUUUUAUGGAAAUUUAUUGCUUCCAAAUGAAUAUUUCACAGCAGCAUAAAAGAGAAAGAAAACAAACAAACCUGCGAGCAUAUUUUCAAGAAAAAAAAAUAUGUUUUAAAAAAAAAACAAAACCAACAUUGAGGCCUUGCUGAUGUCUGUGACGUGACUGUUUUACACGGCAAAAGCCGAUCUCUGAAAAACACCAGAGAUUGCUGAGUUUUGCCUUCAUUUGUUUUCUAUACAUGUGUUUGAUUUUUACAUGUUUCUGCAUCAGUCAGGUUUAUUAUUCGAUGAUUUUCUUCACUUACUGGUGUUUUUGUGUCUCUUUAUUAUUAUUAUUGUUUUAGAGCACUGGGAAGGUCAUGUCAAUGCAGCCACACUUACUAUAUCAUAAAAAGCCUAAGCCAUGUAAUGUUUAAAAAAAUAAUAAGAUGUACUGAUAAUAUGUUGAUAUGGUAUUGAUACACUUGACCAGUUUUUCACUGGAGUCAGAUUUUUGCAACGUGACGCGAGUCAAACAGCAACAUUGGACAAUGUACUUUAAAUGACAUUACAAAAUGUUGUGUGUCGACCUUUUAUGUUCAGUUCCUACAGGAGAAGGCUGUCUAAACAGAUAUUCAUACAAACAAAUAUUCUUCCAUAUUAUAUGACUGACCCUCUGAGGUUUAGUGAUGUUACAAAUAGUAGCUAAUGAACACUUAUGACUGGCGAGCUCAAACGGGACAGUCAGUCACACUAUAAUCAAGCCUCUAGUGUAAAGGUGUCAUACUUAAACCUUUUUACAUUUAUUAGUAUGAAAUAUUUAAGUAAAGGGAAAUUUCACCUAAAAACAAACUACAUAUUCUAUUUCUGGUCAAAGUUAAAACAGCAUUUGGAACCAGUGCUUAAAAAAAAAAAGUCACCUCAGCAAAGGCUUUGUUUUGAAAGCUGUGAAUUAUUUUUCAUUUCUGGCAGCAGUUCUAGUGCCUUAAGUUUGAGUUCUUCCAUUUUCACUUAAACUGCAGUGGCAACUAUGGUAAUAUAUUGUGUAAUAAGUUUCUCGUGAUAGCAUAAAUGUUUUUGUAAACCUCAUGCUGAACACUGAAGUAUCACUUUGCAGUAUCACCUCCAACAACUGGUGCAUUUAACUUGAAAGAAUGCUAUCCAUUAUAAUUUGCAAUGACUUAAAAUUGUGAACAAUGAACAGUGGAGGAGCCGGGUCAGACCAUCACCCUGGGGUGGUACACUGAGCGUGGCAAAUCUCUGUUGGUUAAGCAGUCAGUGUUUUUGGUCUCUCACUGUUAUCCUUUAAAAAUGUUUCUGUGUAGAAACAACAAUCUGCCCCUUCAACAGGCUCCCCCACAGGUGGUGUUGGGGGGUUAGAAGGUCACCAGACCAACUACUGGCUCCCCAACUGACUUUUAACAUCUAAUAAGAUUGAGUGUGAAGUACCACUGUAAUUUCUGUCCUAUUGUUAAGUGUCCGUCCAGCGUGUGUUAAAACACACAUUUUACCAAAUUCUGAGCAGACCUGGAUUCAUAUCCCCCCUUUUCACUUUUUAUUCACAGCUGACCUGCUGCUAACUUUAACUUUUAGUGCACAAAUAGAAUAUUUGACUCAAGUCUUGCCAAGAAAGUAAAUACAUUUCCUCAAAUAACAAAAAUUGUUUUAAUGGGACUAACUGGACAUUAGCGGACUAAAGUGAACAAGAAUACAAAAAAGAUAGAUUAUCGCUGUCAUAUUUUUAAUGCCAGUGAGCCAAAAUGUAGUUAAGUGUUAUAGUUUUCUUUUCAAAAGCACGCAGCCUGCUCGUGGCAGAGUCACAUUAACUACAGCUACUCAAAUUCACUGACAUUUAUGUCAUGGUGGGGAUUCAAUACGCUCAGUCACAAAUGAAGUCCAAAAAACAAGAUGUUAAUUAGGGAACAGCACGUUACAGGUUACAUCUGUCUCAAAGUCGGGGGUUGAAUUCUUAAAGGUCGAAAUGAGUUAAAUUGUAUCACUUUGAUAUAUUGUAGCAACCCAGUCUUACAACUGUGAUCAUGGCAGUCAACUCACAAGAACAUUUCUUUACUGUUCUUAGUAUUGGCUUCACAGAGCACACAGACUCAUCCUGUAGAAGAAAUUAAAAAUUUGAUUCAUCCAGCUAUGCAACAACAACAGGAUGAGUGUUUAGUGCUCACUGACAUCUUGACCUUUCAGAAUUCAAACACGGUUUUUUUUAAGGAAGUGUAACUGACAUCCUGUUUGAGCACUUCCAAAAAGGGAGAAAAAAUGCUUCCUAAUUGUGUCGUUUUCCUAUCGGUGUUGUUUCUUCCAUGUACAUUAUUGUGAGAGUUUAAUCAGUGGUCUCUUUUUCUUUUUUUUAAAAAUCUGUGCUCAUCAGUCUUCAGAUCAUGAAACAUGUUCGCUGUAUGGAUUAUGUCACUUCAAAGCUAUAAUAUCAAAGGUUUCUGUGUGAUGUAUUUGAAAAGUGAUCCUAAAUGUUUGAACUGCGUUAAGUAGCACUUAAUUGGUCUUCCCUAAUAGACUGAAAGCUUCUUGGAAAAGUAAAUGGCCGAUUGAGACUGCUUUUAAACUAAAACAAAGCAGGAAGCAGACAAUUGUCUCAGUAUCCCUGUCUAACCUGUCUCUUGCUAACCUCAAGAAAUUUUCAUGCCUGCAAACAGGAAGCACCAAACAAAUACAUGAACAGACUUCAGUUUCUUCAUGGCCUCCUUCUUUCAAAAGUUGCAAAACUAGAACGUCAUAACCUCUAAAUUUGUCCAGGUGAAUUCAAACAUGAUGAAUGUAUGUAUGACUUGAUGCUUCUUUGACAUUUUCUGUUCAUGUCUGUUACUAAUAGUAAAAAUUUAGCAUGCAAUAAUUUGCAGAGGUACAGUCUGAGGUACAGCAGCAAUUUGUGAAUAAACUGAAAGGUUUUGUUCUGGGAUUCUGAACAAACCAGAGAGGACAAA